AUGAGGAUUACCAGAAGAUGGGAUUCUGGGGAAAUACAGGAGGUAUGACUACUCGGAGAUGAGAUACUCAGGAGUGAUGAUCACUCAGGAGGAUGAGGAUACUCAGGAAGGAUAGGAUUAUCAAGAAGAUGAGAUCUGGAAAGAUGAGAUACCAGGAAGAUGAUGACAUGGAGGAUGAGGAUUACUCGAAGGAUGCAUUUGGAGAAUAGGUGCUCUUGGAUGGCUUGAGUCUAAGUAGUGCUCUGUUGCUGCAAAGUCUUAAACAUCACUCCGUUAAGUCAAGCAUCUCUGCCAGAAACGCGAAGCAGAGAGAGAUGUCGAGCGAGGCAAGCCUGAAGUAGCAUCAGAGAAUAAGUCGGAGCUAGCGAUCCAGAACCGUAGCAUCAAUCGCGGACCGCUAAGAGGAGAGAGCGACGCGAUCCAGCAAGCGAGAGACACGAAAAGCAGACACGCGCUGAGAGGAGUAAAGAAGAAAAGAAAAGAAAAGCAAAGAGACACAAGAUAAGAGCAAGAGAAGCAGAGAGACAGCAGCAUACGACAGUAGAUGAUGAAUCAAGACAGACGAGAGAGAGCAGAGACUCAAAAAGAAUAGAGCCGACCACCCACAAAUACCAUAGCUACCGCGCUACGCCGCCACUUCGCGAGAGUAUCGAUCCGCACGCAGAAUCGCUCAUCCUCUCGUCUCCAUCUCCCCAUUCCUCUCUUCUCUCUAUCUCGUCUCUCUCUACUCCCCUCCCUCUCUUUCUAUCUCUCUCUCCCCUCUCUCUCUUUCUUUCUUUCUCUCCCUCCCUCCCUCCUCUCUCUCUCCCUCCAGCUUCCCAUUCUGGCCUCCUCUGUGGUCAGCCUCUAUUUUCUGGAGCUGACAGAUGUGUUCAAACCUGUGCAGUCGGGUUACAGCUGCAAUGACCGCAGUCUGAGCAUGCCCUACAUCGAGCCGGCGCAGGAGGCCAUCCCCUUCCUCAUUCUCUUCAGUCUGGCCUUCGCUGGACCUGCAGCCACGGUCAGUGUAACCACAAACCUCAUUCCCUAGCUCCCUAUUGGCUGCCUGAAGCAUGUAGCAUCCAAUCCUGGUUCCAGAUCUGUUUGUGCUGUCUUGACAACUCCUAGUGCCAUGCCAAAUAAUGGCCAUAGGAGUUGGAAGGACUCCUGUCAGAUCUGGGACCAUGCUAGUAGCAUCAGUGUGCUCUUCAAUUUACUCUCAUUCCGGUGUUAGGUAAACUCACAGUCAAGGGCCCCCAAUUGCACUACCAAGGGAUCACGUCUAAGGGUUUAGGGCCUGUGUGCUGGCAAACUCACUGUGAGUGUGGAUAGUCCCCCUCUAAGGAUUCUAUAUUUAGUGUACCAGCAAAAUUCACUCUUCAUGUUUCAAUUCUAAGGGUUACUCACGGCCAGCAUGCCCUUAAACUCAGUGUGUUCAUUCCAAAGGGUUCAUCCACAUAUCAGUGCUCACUUCUUAUGGUGUAUUCAUGCUGAAUGAGAGUUUACUCUUAAGGGUUCAGGGAGAAUCCAAAGGGCUUACUUACAAUGUCUGUUUUUUUUCUCCAAAAAAUUAUUACUUUUAAUAACUUAGCAUGCUCAUUUACCUGGAUUUAUCAGAAGGGUUUUCUCCCAAUGGUAUGGUCAGAUGUGUUUACUCAUGCAGAUUAAUUCACUCAUAGGCUAUAGGAUCACUUCUGAGUUUUUUUUCCUGUAGAGUGGUUCCACAUUUAGGGUCUAGUUAAGAACAGGUUUUCAUUAUUUCAUAUCUAAUAUCUCACUCUUCCAGAAGUGUUCUGCUCUUAGGUGUAAGGGUCAAGUGUCAUCAUUUUGCUAAAGGUCAUGGUUUUGUAAUAGUCUCUUCCAUAAAGAUAACAUCUCUAUGUUGUUCUGUCUAUGGUGUUUUCUGUGUUCUAGACACUAGUGAUGUGAGAAAACAGAUGACCUGAAGAUAUCUGGGAGACAGUUUCCCAUGGACUUUUAUGAAAAGUGUUGGCCUAAAACAUAAUGUCCUGGUUUUGCUGGUUGAUGAUCAUCCUAAUUCUCCAUUAAUUUGACUUGUUAUUUUCAUACAAUUCUUAGCAUCACCCUGCUGCUGCUCUCUCUCUACGCUCCUCAGCAAAAAUUCCUCUGACAGCGUCUCGCUUGGCGACACAUUCUCUUUCUCUCCUUCAACUGUUAUCACCUAGGCAACCUGCGGGGUGGUGCUUCUUGCAGUGUCAUGCCUUGUCUCUCAGGCCUGUCCAGUUUGGCUGGCCUUGUCUCUCAGGCCCGUACAGUUUGGCUGGCCCUGUCUCUCAGGCCUUUAAGGUUUGGCUGGCCUUGUCUCUCAGGCCCGUACAGUUUGGCUGGCCUUGUCUCUCAGGCCCGUACAGUUUGGCUGGCACUGUCAGCUUUGAUUGGACUGCCGCCCACCGUCAGAACAUCAACACAGGCAGACAGAUAGAAAGACAGAUUUGAUGACUUAAAAACAGCUUCCCAGUGAAGGGUUUUCUUGUUUGCUUUUAUGCUUGAAUGACUUGGUCUCGAUGUGUGGUCGAAACACACAGAUUAGUCUACAUUUACAUUUUAGUCAUUUAGCAGACGCUUUUAUCCAGAGCGACUUACAGGAGCAAUUAGGGUUAAGUGCCUUGCUCAAGGGCACAUCGACAGAUUUUUCACCUAGUCAGCUCGGGGAUUAGAACCAGCAACCUUUCGGUUACUGGCACAACACUCUUAACCACUAAGCUACCUGCCAACCCACUUGGUUUCUCUAUGUUGCUUUCUUUUACUUUAGCUAUGGUGACGUUAUUACACUAGGACACUAGCUUUGCAGGCAAAUUGGAUACGGUUCAGAUAUUUAGCUGCGACUUGUACUCUAAUUCCUUUUGUUGAAAAUAAAUAGGUCACUAUUUCAUACAUCUUUAGUAUUACACACAAAAACUACAGACAACCAUAUAAUACAAAACCAUACUAAAAGCCUUUCAGUAUAAUGGCUUAUGAGUUUGCCUCUAGCAACAUGUUCUAUGAUGGUUAAUGCAACUCCUAUUGCUCUCCUUGAGUCAUUAACUUCAUAUUGGGUCCCUUGUUUGAGAUAUACAGUAUCAUCUAUAACAUCAAUACACUGCAGCAGGAGAUAUGAUUGCCUUGACUAUAUAUCCUGCCUGUUUAAUUUGUUCCCACUCACUGAUCCUCUAAUUAUUAAAGGAAAUGCAGGCAAUGAACUAUUAAAUGUAAUGUGCCUCCUACUGUGCCGAACGCACACGUUACACUAUACAGUAUAGGUACAGUAGUAAUUGCUCCUAGAAUAAAACAACAACAACAUAGACUGUUAAAGAACAGCAACACAAUUUGACAAUUAAUACUAAUUGUUCAGAGAACGCCUGCCUAUGUAUCUAGUGAAAUCUCCCCUGCUGGUUAGAUGAUUCAACCCAGAAGUUUAGUGUUUCCACACAGGUCAGUUGUUUCUCCCCCACAGGUGAGAUAGCUGUCAUGGGGAGUCCAGUUAGUGUAGCUGUUCCACAGGCAGACAGUUAGUGUAGCUGCCCCACAGGCAGACAGUUAGUGUAGCUGUACCACAGGCAGACAGUUAGUGUAGCUGCCCCACAGGCAGACAGUUAGUGUAGCUGUACCACAGGCAGACAGUUAGUGUAGCUGCCCCACAGGCAGACAGUUAGUGUAGCUGCCCCACAGGCAGACAGUUAGUGUAGCUGUACCACAGGCAGACAGUUAGUGUAGCUGCCCCACAGGCAGACAGUUAGUGUAGCUGCCCCACAGGCAGACAGUUAGUGUAGCUGCCCCACAGGCAGACAGUUAGUGUAGCUGUACCACAGGCAGACAGUUAGUGUAGCUGCCCCACAGGCAGACAGUUAGUGUAGCUGCCCCACAGGCAGACAGUUAGUGUAGCUGCCCCACAGGCAGACAGUUAGUGUAGCUGCCCCACAGGCAGACAGUUAGUGUAGCUGCCCCAUUGUCAGGCUGUCAGUGUAGCUGCCUCAUUGUCAGGCUGUCAGUGUAGCUGCCUCAGAGGCACGUAGUUGUUUUAGCUGAUUCACAAGCAGAAGGCUCAGGUUGUGGAGCAGCCCUGCAUUGACUUUAGCGAUCUCUCCUUCCCUAACAGCUGCUGCUAUCGACAGGCAACUCAUAACUGAGAUUAUGAAUAAUUUAUCUGUCAGUUGGUGUCAUUGCCAUUUCAAUUCCAGUCAAUUCAGGAAUGGAAUUGCACUCCUAUUAAUAAAUUAAUUAUUUGGUCUAAUUAUUCAACAUACAGGAAUUAAACCCUCACUCUGCCUGUCCUUUCUGUCGAAUUUCUCCCUAGAUAAUGAUAGGAGAGGGUAUCCUGUAUUGCUGUCUGUCCAGGAAAAAGAGUGGGGUCAAAACAGAGGCCAAUAUCAACGCAGCUGGCUGCAAUUUCAACUCGUAUAUACGGCGAGCUGUUCGGUUUGUUGGUAAGUUUUGGUAUUUUCUCAAUUAUGACAUUUUGAAAAACACAUGGUGUAUCUUACCUCUCAAAACGCACACACUCUGUGGGACCUGGCUGUGUAGUGAACACCCACAUUUUCUGUAUAGUGUUUUGUGUUGUCUUUUGGUGAUUAGCUGAUUAAUAUCUCCCUUGCUCUCCCUCUUUCUGUCCCCACCUCUGCGGAUUCUCUCUCCCUCUCCCCUCUCUCUCCCCUCUCUCUCUACCAGGGGUCCAUGUAUUUGGCUUAUGCAUCACGGCUCUCAUCACUGACAUCAUCCAGCUGUCGACGGGUUACCACGCCCCCUACUUCCUGACAGUGUGUAAACCCAACUACACCACGCUUAACAUGACCUGUGACGACAGCUCCUUCAUCAUAGAGGACAUCUGUUCUGAUGGAGCAGACCCAGCCAUCAUCAACGCUGGCAGGUCAGAGUGCUGAUCUAGGAUCAUUUUUGACAGGGGGAGAUCUGCAUUCCUACUCUGAGACGGUUUAUGGAUACAGGCCCAGUAAACAAGACUGUUCUGAAAAUGUGUUUUAAAAAUGCAUAGAGAUUUGAAUGAUGCAUGCCCCAUCACCCUCAGGAGUAACUAGAUGGUUGGUAGAACAUGUGGUUGACCAUGGCAGUAAAACUUAUGAAUGAUCUCCACUGUGUCUGUGGAAACAGGUGUAGGGUGAAGUUGCACCUAGACCAGGGGGGGUUAUUUUGGGAUAAAUAAAAAUACUCCAGACCUCUUGAAUGUCUAAAACUAGAUAGAAAGUAUGUUGAAAUUAUAAUGGACCUAUAUAAUUUCAAAUAACUGCCCUUUUGCUGGCACGCAAAUCGCUUUUGACAAACAAAUCAGCCUGAAUAAAAAUCUGUGCGGCCCUCCGCUGAAUUUUGAAAUCCUGAUGUGGCCCCUUGAGGCAAACAUUUUUGCCCACCCCUGUCCUAGACACUGAUCAUGGGUCAGUUUUGCUUUUUCCACACUAAUGGUUACGAUUAGGACUAGUGGAGGGGAAGCUGAUCCUAGAUUUUAACGUAGGGGAAACUUCACCUUGGAGCUUGGAAACACAGGCUCUGAAACGGUGCUUUUCAAGUGGCCUGCAAGGUCAUCUCUAGUGGGUUACCACAGAGGGUCAUUAGCAUACCUCUGUAAUGUAGUAAAGUUUGAAACAGUAUACAGUGCCUUCAGAAAGUAUUCAUACCCCUUGACUUACUCCACAUUUUGUUGUGUUACAGCCUGAAUUCAAAAUGUGUUCAAUUGAUUUUUUUGUCAUACCCAUCAACACACAAUAUCCCAUAAUGACAAAGUGAAAACAUGUUUUUAGAAAUUGUUGCUAAUUUAUUGAAAAUGAAAUGCAGAAAUAUCUAAUUUACAUAAGUAUUCACACCCCUGAGUCAAUACAUGUUAGAAUCACCUUUGGCAGCAAUUAAAGCUGUGUUGACAUACAUUAGAAUGCUAUCCCACUGGGAACAGACGUCAGUUCAACAACUAGUUUUGAUUUACAUUUGGUUGAGUUGUCAACUAACGUGAAUUCAACGUUAAAUGUAAAAAAAAAAAUCCCAUGAUUGAUGACUUUUUAAAAAUCCAAUCAGUUCUCCACGUUGAUUUAACGUCAUCACAUUGAUAUAUAUAUUUUUUGCCACAUAAAAAAUACUAUAGUAGUAUACAGAAACUGUAGUAUACUGUAGGAUACUUUACUACACACUGUAGUAUCCCUCGAUCAUGUGUUUUACUUAGUAUAGAAUUUUGUAUUAUACUGUAAAAUACUAUACUAAACAGUACAGUAUUAUCCACAAAAUAAAAUAUCUGCAAAAACACUACAGUCCGCAAAAACACUAAAAUAAUUUAACUAUAGUAAAUACUACAGUAUUUAACCCUACCCAUUCCCCUCCCCCAUAUCCCAAUUUGUGCUACCUGUAAAUGAGAAACCUACAUGCCAAGGAUAGACGAUAUAUUGUGUUCCCUACAGGUUAUAGAAAAGAGCAGAAGCUAUGAACUAUCCGAUCAGACCUACUGCUUAUGAAAAAUAUUCUCUUUUACUAUAUCUCCAGUAGGUUUCCUCAAGGAGAUAAUACAACAAAAACACUUUAGUAAAUACUACAGUAAUGUCCCCAAAAACACUAGAGUAAAUACCACAGUAUACUGUAUUACAGUCCGCAAAAACACUAUAAUAAAUACUACAGUAUACUACAGUCCGCAAAAACACAACAGUAAUUUCUAUAGUAUAUACUACAUUUUUUUUUCAGUACAGUAUUUAUACUAUAGUAAACUGUAAAUACAACAGUAAACCACAGUAAAUACUACAGUAUUUACUGUAAUGUUUUUGCAGACUUUAGUCCUAAAAAAAACUAUAGGGAAUACUACAGUAUGUGGGAUGACGUGGAAACAACGUUGAUUCAACCAGUUUUUGCCCAGUGGGGUAUUACAAAAUGCUCAUUAGCAAUGUUAAUAAUAGCGCUAGCUUGCGGAAAAACACCCAGAGACAUUUGUUUGUUAAAGGCACUUAAUGUCUCCACCAAGUCACUGGUUUACCCAUAAUGAAUACUGUGUCUGACUCACUGUACAAUGUAGCAGUCCUAGCUAUGGUCUGCUGGUACCGCAGUGAGAAGAAAGCGAGGAAAACUGAAGAUGGCGUUUCUACAACCCACUCAGUUCAUCCCCGGUGCACUUACAAAACAGGGAAUGUUGUGGCAGACCUGCCUGCACCCACACAUAGCCCAGGCAGCCGAGCGUUUCACAGCUAUCAUUUUCAGCUCUUACCCCGGCUGUCAGUUCCUGUUUACUCAUCAAUAUGCGGAAUGUGUGCUGUGUGUUUUCUGUUCUGUCCAGCCUCUCAGGAAGGGAAGUUGGCCUGUGAACAUUUGCCCUACCUACGGUAUCGAUAUUAGAAAGUCCCUCAGUUGUCAGACAAAACUCGCUUUUAAGUCCCUUAAGGGUGCUGUUUUUGCAUUGUACAAAUUAUGUAGGGUAUGGAAUACUCUAGUAGACAAGUGGGUCUGGACCAUAUACAAAUGGUGGCUACAGCACAGUCAGCUUGGCCAACAUUUUAUUAAAGUAAAUAAAGGGCUAUUUGUUGACUUUAUUCCUUGCUGGCAAGUUAGCUCAGGCUUGGGAUAUGACAAAAGCCUGCUAUGCUUAUGUGCUCAUAAUAUGGUCAGUGAUUUGAGGGGCAAAUAAAACCAACUCACUGCUGUGGCAAUGCGAUCAUAGGUUGUACCCUUUACGGUGGAUUUCCUUUUAGAAUCUGUCUCACUAUCUCUCAAGCAGAAGAUUGAAAUGACUGUCUCCCUCCCCUGUCGUUCUAGAAAGUCCUUUCCCUCGCAGCAUGCCACUCUGGCCGCCUUCGCUGCUGUCUAUAUCUCUGUAAGUAAUCCAGCUACAAACACACACACACACACACACACAUACUGUAGGCGUACACACGCAUGUACGUGCAUACAGACACACACACAGAUGCAUAUGCAUGCACACACACACAUGUACACACACGCCCAUGCACACACACACACAGAAACACACACACAGAAGCACACACACACACACACAGAAACACACACACACACACAGAAACACAUACACACACAGAAAAACACACACACACGCACACAUAUCUCUCUACUCUCUCUACUGCCUCACAGCAAUCUGAUAUUACUGGUUCUCAUCCAAGUGUACUGGAUGCUGCUCUACGAUGUGUUACUCUACAAAUGUUUUCCACCUUCAUUUGAGAUUAUUACUGUAUUUCCUGCAGUCAAAUGACAAAAUCACCUUCUAGAGGCCUCAUGGGUGGAAUGUUAUUAAUAUUUUUUAUUUUUUAUUCCGCAAGCUAUAAUUUUUUUUAAAAAAGAAUGCAGAAAAUCUGGUGUUUAUGUCAAACGGUUUUGUUAUAUUUCAGUCUCCUGUGAUGUGCACUACAUGACCAAAAGUAUGUGGACACCUGCUUGUCGAACCUCUCAUUACAAAAUCAUGGGCAUUAAGAUGGAGUUGGUCCCCCCUUUGCUGCCAUAACAACCUACACUCUUCUGGGAAGGCUUUCCACUAGAUGUUGGAACAUUGCUGCGGGGACUUGCUUCCAUUCAGCCACAAGAGCAUUAGUGAGGUUGGGCACUUAUGUUGGGCAAUUAGGCCUGGCUCGCAGUCUGUGUUCCAAUUCAUACUCCCGAGUGGCGCAGUGGUCUAAGGCACUGCAUCGCAGUGCUAGCUGUGCCACUAGAGAUCCUGGUUCGAGUCCAGGCUCUGUCGCAGCCAGCCGCGACCGGGAGACCAAUGGGCGACACACAAUUGGUCCAGUGUCGUCCAAGGUAGGGGAGGGUUUGGCCGGCAGGGAUGUGGGUUAGUUUCCCACGGGGGGCGGUAUGAAAAAAUAAAUAAUUAUGCAUUCACUAACUGUAAGUCGCUCUGGAUAAGAGCGUCUGCUAAAUGACUAAAAAAAAUAAAAUGUAAAAAAAAUCCCAAAGGUGUUCGAUGGGGUUGAGGUCAGGGUUAGUGAAUGUAUGCAUUCACUAACUGUAUGUCGCUCUGGAUAAGAGUGUCUGCUAAAUGACUCAAUGACUAAAAAAAAUAACUUUAAAAAAUAAAAUGUAAAAAAAAUCCCAAAGGUGUUCGAUGGGGUUGAGGUCAGGACUCUGUGCAGGCCAGUCAAGUUCUUCCACACUGAUCUCAACAAACCAUUUCUGUAUGGACCUCUCUUUGCACACGGGGGCAUUGUCAUGCUGAAACAGCAAAGGGCCUUCCCCAAACUGUUGCCACAAGGUUGGAAGCACAGAAUUGUCUCGAAUGUAAUUGUAUGCUGUAGCGUUAAGAUUUCCCUUCACUUGAACUAAGGGGCCUAUUUUUUUUAUAUUUUUUAUUUUUUAUUUAACCUUUAUUUAACCAGGUAAGCCAGUUGAGAACAAGUUCUCAUUUACAACUGCGACCUGGCCAAGAUACUGGCCUAGCCCGAUCAAUGAAAAACAGCCCCAGACCUUAUUCCUCCUCCACCAAACUUUACAGUUGGCACAAUGCAUUGGGGCAGGUAGCGUUCUCCGGCAGAGCCGAUGUUGCUCCUAGACGUUUUUUACUUCACAGUAACAACACUUAGAGUUGACAGGGGCAGCUCUAGCAGGGCAGACAUUUUACCAACUGACUUGUUGGAAAGGUGGCAUCCUAUGACAGUGCUACAUUGAAAGUCACUGAGCUCUUCAGUGAGGCCAUUCUACUGCCAAUGUUUGUCUAUGGAGAUUGCAUGGCUGUGUGCUCGCUUUUAUACACCAUUCAGCAACGGGUGUGGCUGAAAUAGCCAAAUACACUCAUUUGAAGGGGUGUCCACAUACUUUUGUAUAUAUUGUGUAUAUAAUGUGUAAUAUUGGGAUGCAAACGCUAUAUCUGACGCGGUACAGAUGUUUUCUUUUUUCUAAGCCCAUAACCAUGUGUGUGAGGUUUAUACUUAUUUUUCAAAGUAGAUUGGUUUAAGACUACCAAGAAACACUCCGUGUGACGCUGAUUUAGCCCACUGCAGUAAAAGGUUUUAAUGUUCUCCAAAACAUGAAUCAUCCUUGUAAUGAUUGAAUUGGACUGCAGUCGUAAUGCAAAUCAAGUUUCGAACAAGGGGCUACCUCCAUUUGAAGUUAAAAGUCCUUUGUUUAUAGUAUAUUGAUUCCAGGCCUCUCUACAAACAAGAACAAUUUGUUCAGAGUAGAAUCCUUAAUUAAACUGGAUAUACGGUGGCAAUAUAUAACUGUAUAGAAGACAGCUGAAUUAUUAGCUGUAUGGCAUCCAUACUAUGAAGUCUUUAGUUAGUUAGUUGGCGACUUCCUACUAUGGAUGCCGGAGUGUAUCGCUCCUCUCUUCUCCAGAUGUACUUCAACGCUACGUUGACGGAAUCCUCCAAGCUGCUGAAGCCCCUGUUGGUCUUCUCCUUCAUCAUGGGUGGCAUCAUCUGUGGGCUCACCCGCAUCAUCCAGUUCAAGAACCACGCCAUCGAUGUCUACUGUGGCUUCCUCAUCGGAGGAGGGAUUGCCGUCUACCUGGUGAGAUGCUCUAGUAGAGCUCUAGUAGAGCUACAGAUGCCGUAUCUUAAUUUGAUCAUGCUGUUGUUGCAGGAAUUUAUCUGCACAGCAGGAAAUGCAAACGUGUAGUCCAUUUGAGGUUUAAAAAGGCUUCUAAAGUUUUUAAUUUCCCCUUAAAAAUGUCAGACUUGAUUAGCCCUAACAAAAAAUGUAUCAACCCCUAAAAAAAAAGGCCUUUAAUUAUAAUCCACUUAAUAAUUCAAAUUUCCUGUUGCUGCAGGAUUAUUUUCCUUUUGUGAGAAGCUGGAUCAAAUUAAGGUACGGCAUCUGUAGUAUAUCUCUAGUAAAUCUAGUAUAUCUCUAGUGGAUCACUGACCUUCUAGGUCUUGGUCUGGGUACAUUAACUGGUGAUACACUCUACUUCUGUAGAUGUAGGCUGCACUGCCAGUAGCACCUUAUCCCCUAUAAAGUGGACUACAUUUUCUGGGCAAAAGUAGUACACUAUAUAGGGGAUAUGGUGCCAUUUGGGACACAUCCCUGGGCUCUUCAGUCCUGGUCCUGGAGACCGACAGGAGGUGCAGGUUUUUGUUGUUCUAGUCCAUGUUGUAACAUACCUGGCUGAUUCACCUAGUCAAUUAAAUAACAGGUCAAAUUGAUAAGUUGAAUUAGGUGUGUUAGUACCGGGAUGGAACAAAAGCCUGCAUACCCGAUGGGUCACCAGGACCAGGAUUGGAGAGCACUAAUCUGAAGAUUAAUCUCAUUGAAACCAUUCAAACGAAGGAGCUGAUCGUGGACUUCAGGAGACAGCAGAGGGAGCACGCCCCCAUCCACAUCCACGGGGCCGCAGUGCAGAAGGUGAAAAGCUUCAAGUUCUUCGGUGUACACUUCACUGACAAUCAGAAAGGGUCCACCCACACAGACAGUGUGGUGAAUAAAGCACAACAGCGGCUCUUCAACCUCAGGAGGCUGAAUAAAUUUGUCUUGGCCCCUAAGACCCUUACAAACUUUAACAGAUGCACCAUUUAGAGCAUCCUGUUGGGUUGUAUCACUGCCUGGUACGGCAACUGCACUGCCCGCAACUGCACUGCCCGCAACCGCAGGGCUCUCCAGAGGGUGGUGUGGUCUGCCCAACACAUCACUGGGGGCACUCUACCUGCCCUUCAGGACAUCUACAGCACCCGAUGUCACAGGAAGGCCAAAAAGAUCAUCAAGGACAUCAACCACCCGAGCCACUGCCUGUUCACCCCGCUAUCAUCCAGAAGGCGAGGCAGAACAGGUGCAUCAAAGCUGGGACAGAGAGACUGAAAAACAGCUUCUAUCUCAAGGCCAUUAGACUGUUAAAUAGUAAUCACUAGCCGGCCUCCACCGAGUACCCUGACAUGAACAUAGACACUGUCACUAGCCGACUACCACCCGGUUACUCUACCAUGCACCUUAGAGACUGCUGCCCAAUGUACAUAGACAUGGAACACUGGUCACUUUAAUAAUGGAACACUGGUCACUUUAAUAAUGUUUCCAUACUGUUUUACUCAUUUAAUAUGUACAGUGAGGGAAAAAAGUAUUUGAUCCCCUGCUGAUUUUGUACGUUUGCCCACUGACAAAUAAAUUAUUAGUCUAUAAUUUUAAUGGUAGGUUUAUUUGAACAGUGAGAGACAGAAUAACAACAACAAAAUCCAGAAAAAUGCAUGUCAAAAAUGUUAUAAAUUGAUUUGCAUUUUAAUGAGGGAAAUAAGUAUUUGACCCCCUCUCAAUCAGAAAGAUUUCUGGCUCCCAGGUGUCUUUUAUACAGGUAACGAGCUGAGAUUAGGAGCACACUCUUAAAGGGAGUGCUCCUAAUCUUAGUUUGUUACCUGUAUAAAAGACACCUGUCCACAGAAGCAAUCAAUCAAUCAGAUUCCAAACUCUCCACCAUGGCCAAGACCAAAGAGCUCUCCAAGGAUGUCAGGGACAAGAUUGUAGACCUACACAAGGCUGGAAUGGGCUACAAGACCAUCGCCAAGCAGCUUGGUGAGAAGGUGACAACAGUUGGUGCGAUUUUUCGCAAAUGGAAGAAACACAAAAGAACUGUCAAUCUCCCUCGGCCUGGGGCUCCAUGCAAGAUCUCACCUCGUGGAGUUGCAAUGAUCAUGAGAACGGCGAGGAAUCAGCCCAGAACUACACGGGAGGAUCUUGUCAAUGAUCUCAAGGCAGCUGGGACCAUAGUCACCAAGAAAACAAUUGGUAACACACUACGCUGUGAAGGACUGAAAUCCUGCAGCGCCCGCAAGGUCCCGCUGCUCAAGAAAGCACAUAUACAGGCCCGUCUGAAGUUUGCCAAUGAAUGUCUGAAUGAUUCAGAGGAGAACUGGGUGAAAGUGUUGUAGUCAGAUGAGACCAAAAUCGAGCUCUUUGGCAUCAACUCAACUCACCGUGUUUGGAGGAGGAGGAAUGCUGCCUAUGACCCCAAGAACACCAUCACCACCGUCAAACAUGGAGGUGGAAACAUUAUGCUUUGGGGGUGUUUUUCUGCUAAGGGGACAGGACAACUUCACAGCAUCAAAGGGACGAUGGACAGGGCCAUGUACCGUCAAAUCUUGGGUGAGAACCUCCUUCCCUCAGCCAGGGCAUUGAAAAUGGGUCGUGGAUGGGUAUUCCAGCAUGACAAUGACCCAAAACACACGGCCAAGGCAACAAAGGAGUGGCUCAAGAAGAGGCACAUUAAGGUCCUGGAGUGGCCUAGCCAGUCUCCAGACCUUAAUCCCAUAGAACAUUUGUGGAGGGAGCUGAAGGUUCGAGUUGCCAAACAUCAGCCUCGAAACCUUAAUGACUUGGAGAAAAUCUGCAAAGAGGAGUGGGACAAAAUUCCUCUUGAGAUGUGUGCAAACCUGGUGGCCAACUACAAGAAACGUCUGACCUCUGUGAUUGCCAACAAGGGUUUUGCCACCAAGUACUAAGUCAUGUUUUGCAGAUGGGUCAAAUACUUAUUUCCCUCAUUAAAAUGCAAAACAAUUCAUAACAUUUUUGACAUGCUUUUUCUGGAUUUUCUUUGUUGUUAUUCUGUCUCUCACUGUUCAAAUAAACCUACCAUUAAAAUCAUAUGUCAAAUCAUGUCUUUGUCAGUGGGCAAACAUACAAAAUCAGCAGGGGAUCAAAUACUUUUUUCCCUCACUGUAUAUACUGUAUUCUUGUCAAGGCCAUCCUAUUCAACUAUUGCUGUAUAUACAGUUGAAGUCGGAAGUUUACAUACACCUUAGCCAAAAACAUUUAAACUCAGUUUUUCACAAUUCCUGACAUUUAAUCCUAGUAAAAAUUCCCUGUCUUAGGUCAGUUAGGAUCACCAAUUUAUUUUAAGAAUGUGAAAUGUCAGAAUAAUAGUAGAGAGAAUGAUUUAUUUCAGCUUUUAUUUAUUUCAUCACAUUCCCAGUGGGUCAGAAGUUUACAUACACUCAAUUAGUAUUUGGUAGCAUUGCCUUUAAAUUGUUUAACUUGGGUCAAAUGUUUCGGGUAGCCUUCCACAACCUUCCCACAAUAAGUUGGGUGAAUUUUGGCCCAUUCCUCCUGACAGAGCUGGUGUUACUGAGUCAGGUUUGUAGGCCUCCUUGCUCGCACACGCUUUUUCAGUUCUGCCCACACAUUUUCUAUAGGAUUGAGGUCAGGGAUUUGUGAUGGCCACUCCAAUACCUUGACUUUGUUGUCCUUAAGCCAUUUUGCCACAACUUUGGAAGUAUGCUUGGGGUCAUUGUCCAUUUGGAAGAUCCAUUUGCGACCAAGCUUUAACUUCCUGACUGAUGUCUUGAGAUGUUGCUUCAAUAUAUCCACAUAAUUUUCCUUCCUCAUGAUGCCAUCUAUUUAGGUAAGUACACCAGUCCCUCCUGCAGCAAAGCACCCCCACAGCAUGAUGUUGUGUUCUUCGGCUUGCAAGCAACCCCCUUUUUCCUCCAAACAUAACAAUGGUCAUUAUGGCCAAACAGUUCUAUUUUUGUUUAAUCAGACCAGAGGACAUUUCUCCAAAAAGUACAAUCUUUGUCCCCAUGUGCAGUUGCAAACCGUAGUCUGGCUUUUUUAUGGCGGUUUUGGAGCAGUGGCUUCUUCCUUGCUGAGCGGCCUUUCAGGUUAUGUCGAUAUAGGACUCGUUUUACUGUGGAUAUAGAUACUUUUGUACCUGUUUCCUCCAGCAUCUUCACAAGGUCCUUUGCUGUUGUUCUGGGAUUGAUUUGCACUUUUCGCACCAAAGUACAUUCAUCUCUAGGAGACUUAACGCAUCUCAUUCCUGAGUGGUAUGACGGCUGCGUGGUCCCAUGGUGUUUAUACUUGCGUACUAUUGUUUGUACAGAUGAACGUGGUACCUUCAGGCGUUUGGAAAUUGCUCCCAAGGAUGAACCAGACUUGUGGAGGUCGACAAUAAUUUUUCUGAGGUCUUGACUGAUUUCUUUUGAUUUUCAUAUGAUGUCAAGCAAAGAGGCACUGAGUUUGAAGUUAGGCCUUGAAAUACAUCCACAGGUACACCUCCAAUUUACUCAAAUGAUGUCAAUGAACCUAUCAGAAGCUUCUAAAGCCAUGACAUCAUUUUCUGGAAUUUACCAAGCUGUUUAAAGGCACAGUCAACUUAGUGUAUGUAAACUUGUGACCCACUGGAAUUGUGAUACAGUGAAUUAUAAGUGAAAUAAUCUGUCUGUAAACAAUUGUUGUAAAAAUUACUUGUGUCAUGGACAAAGUAGAUGUCCUAACCGACUUGCCAAAACUAUAGUUUGUUAACAAGAAAUUUGUAGAGUGGUUGAAAAACGUGUAUGAAAACUUCCGACUUCAACUGUAUACUAUUCUAUCCUUCGUAUUCUACAGAUAUACUAAAUGUUCUAUCCACAGACUGUCCAAAAUGUCUAUACAUCCCAUCAUAUAUAUGUAGUUCAUUCGGAAAUUAUUCAGACCCCUUGACUUUUUCCACAUUCUGUUACAUUACAGCCUUAUUCUAAAAUUGACUAAAUUGUUUUUUCAAUCUACACACAAUACCCCAUAAUGACAAAGAAAAAACAUUAAUUUAUUAAAAAUUAAAAAUACCCUUUACUCAGUGCUUUGUUGGAGCACCUUUGGCAGCGAUUGCAGCCUCGAGUCUUCUUGGGUAUGACGCUACAAGCUUGGCACACCUGUAUUUGGGGAGUUUCUCCCAUUCUUCUCUGUAGAUCCUCUCAAGCUCUGUCAGGUUGGAUGGGGAGCGUUGCUGCACAGCUAUUUUCUGGUCUCUCCAGAGAUGUUCGAUCAGGUUCAAGUCCGGGCUCUGGCUGGGCUACUCAAGGUAAUUCAGAGACUUGUCCUGAAGCCACUCCUUCAUUGUCUUGGUUGUGUGCUUAGGGUCGUUGUCCUGUAUUACUUUGCCCCAGUCUGAGGUCCUGAGUGCUCUGGAGCAGGUUUUCAUCAAGGAUCUCUGUGUACUUUGCUCUGUUCAUCUUUCCUGACUAGUCUCCCAGUCCCUGUCGCUGAAAUACAUCCCCACAGCAUGAUGCUGCCACCACCAUGCUUCACUGUAGGGAUGGUGCCAGAUUUCCUCCAGACGUGACACUUGGCAUUCAGGCCAAAGAGUUCAAUCUUGGUUUCAUCAGACCAGAGAAUCUUUUUUCUCAUGGUCUGAAAGUCCUUUAGGUGCCUUUUGGCGAACUCCAAGUGGGCUGUCAUGUGCCUUUUACUGAGGAGUGGCUUCCGUCUGGCCACUCUACCAUAAAAGCUUGAUUGGUGGAGUGCUGCAGAGAUGGUUGUCCUUCUGGAAGGCUCUCCCACCUCCACAGAGGAACUCUGGAGCUCUGUCAGAGUGACCACUGGGUUCUUGGUCACUUCUGACCAAUGCCCUUCUCCCCCGAUUGCUCAGUUUGGCCGGGUGGCCAGCUCUAGGAAGAGUCUUGGUGGUUCCAAACUUCUUCUAUUUAAGAAUGAUGGAGGCCACUGUGUUCUUGGGGACCUUCAUUGCUGCAGAAAUGUUUUGGUACCCUUCCCCAGAUCUGUGCCUUGACACAAUCCUGUCUCGGUGCUCUACGGACAAUUCCUUCGACCUCAUGGCUUGGUUUUUGCUCUGACAUGCGCUGUCAACUGUGGGACCUUAUAUAGACAGGUGUGUGCCUUUGCAAAUCAUGUCCAAUCAAUUGAAUUUACCACAGGUGGACUCCAAUCAAGUUGUACAAUCAACUCAAGGAUGAUCAAUGGAAACAGGAUCCACCUGAGCUCAGUUUCGAGUCUGAUAGCAAAGGGUCUGAAUACUUAAGGUAUUUAUGUUUUUUAUUUUUAAUAAAUUUGCAAACAAAUCUAAAAACCUGUUUUCACUUUGUCAUUAGUUGGUAUUGUGUGUACUGUAGAUUGAUAAUACUUAUUCUUUAUUUAAUCAAUUUUAGAAUAAGGCUGUAACAUAACAAUAUGUGGAAAAAGUGAAGGGGUCUGAAUACUUUCCGAAUGCACUGUGUAUAUACAGUACCAGUCAAAAGUUUGGACACACCUACUGAUUCCAGGGUUUUUCUUUAUUUUUACUAUUUUCUACAUUGUAGAAUAAUAGUGAAGACACCAAAAUGAUGAAAUAACACAAAUGGAAUCAUGUAGUAACCAAUAAAGUGUUAAACAAAUCAAAAUAUAUUUUGUAUUUGAGAUUCCUCAAAUAGACACUCUUUGCCUUGAUGACUAUGUAAAUGACAGCUUUGCACACUCUUAGCAUUCUCUCAACCAGCUUCACCUGGGAUUCUUUUCCAACAGUCUUGAAGGAGUUCCCACAUAUGCUGAGGAAUUGUUGGCUGCUUUUCCUUUACUCUGCGGUCCGACUCAUCCCAAUUAAUUGAGUUGAGUUUGGGGGAUAGUGGAGGCCAGGUCAUCUGAUGCAGCACUCCAUCACGCUCCUUCUUGGUAAAAUAGCCCUUACACAGCCUGGAGGUGUGUUGGGUCAUUGUCCUGUUGAAAAACAAAUGAUAGUCCCACUAAGCCCGAACCAGAUGGGAUGGUGUAUCACUGCAGAAUGCUGUUGUAGCCAUGCUGGUUAAGUGUGCCUUGAAUUCUAAAUUUAUCACAGACAGUGUCACCAGCAAAGCACCCCCACACCAUAACACCUCCUCUUCCAUGCUUUGCGGUGGGAAAUACAAAUGCGGAGAUCACAUCGCGUUUCACAUAGCCACAGCGGUUGGAACCUAAAAUCUCCAAUUUGGACUCCAUACCAAAGGACAAAUUUCCCCCGGUCUAAUGUCCAUUGCUCAAGUUUCUUGGACCAAGCAAGUGUCUUCUUCUUAUUGAUGUCCUUUAGUAGUGGUUUCUUUGCAGCAAUUCGACCAUGAAGGCCUGUUUCACACAGUCAGCCCUGUACAGUUGAUGUUGAGAUGUGUCUGUUACUUGAAUCUGUGAAGCAUUUAUUUUGGGCUGCAAUUUCUGAGGCUGGUAACUCUAAUGAACUUAUCCUCUGCAGCAGAGGUAACUCUGGGUCUUCCAUUCCCGUGGCGGUCCUCAUGAGAGCCAGUUUCAUCAUAGCGCUUGAUGGUUUUUGCGACUGCACUUGAAGAAACUUUCAAAGUUCUUGACAUUUUCCGUAUUGGCUGACCUUCAUUUCUUAAAGUAAUGAUGGACUGUUGUUUCUCUUUGCUUAUUUGAGCUGUUCUUACCAUAAUAUGGACUUGGUCUUUUACCAAAUAGGGCUAUCUUCUGUAUACCCCCCUUACCUUGUCACAACACAACUGAUUGGCUCAAACGCAUUAAGAAGGAAAGAAAUUCCACAAAUUAACUUUUAAGAAGGCACACCUGUUAAUUUAAAUGCAUUCCAGGUGACUAUCUCAUGAAGCUGGUUGAGAGAAUGCCAAGAGUGUCUAAAACUGUCAUCAAGGCAAAGGGUGGCUAUUUGAAGAAUCUCAAUUCUGACAUAUAUUUUGAUUUGUUUAACGCUUUUUUGGUUACUACAUGAUUCCAUAUGUGUUAUUUCAUAGUUUUGAUGUCUUCACUAUUAUUCUACAAUGUAAAUUUUUUUUUAAAAAUAAACAAAAACCCUUGAAUGAGUAGGUGUGUCCAAACUUUUGACUGGUAGUUUAAAUAUACACUACCAGUCCCCUGUACCUCAGUUGGUAGAGCAUGGCGCUUGCAACGCCAGGGUUGUGGGUUCGUUUCCCACGGGGGGCCAGUGUGAAAAUGUAUGCACUCACUAACUGUAAGUCGCUCUGGAUAAGAGCGUCUGCUAAAUGACUAAAAUGUAAAAAUAUAUAUACUGUAUAUAUGCUCCGGACUCCGACAUUGCUCGUCCUAAUAUUAUAUAUUUCUUAAUUCCAUUCUUGUACUUUUAGAUGUGUGUGUAUUGUUGUGAAUUGUUAGAUAUUACUGCACUAUUGGAGCUAGGAACACAAGCAUUUCGCUACACCUGCAAUAACAUCUCCUGCAAUAACAUCUGCUAAAUUAAAUUUGAUUUGAUUAUUCUCUGAUAUAAGGUUAUAUAAUAUUGUCUGUUUGUAUAUUGAUGGAUGUAAUGAAUAGUGGCAUGUUUCUCUAUCUUGUUUGUUGAGUCCUGUGGCACUUUUGUAUAGGGUGUUAGAGAAAUUCAAUUACCUUUAUGAAUGAGAACAGGAUGCACUAGUUUUGAGCAAUAUGAUUCAUGCUAUUGUAUGAGUGUAUCAAUGUUUGAACAUUAUUUAAAUACUGUACAAGUAGGCUAUACUGUAAUGGAUAUGUGACUAAGUGAAAUGUGCAUUGAAUUAGCUUAAUAUGCAGAGACAUAACAUGAUUACGAUUGUAAAGUACUGUGCAUUUGCUGAAAUCCAUUUCAUCAAUGUGCUUUAAAAUCCACUUUCAUCAUUGACUGUACUGGAUCAUAGCAAGUUAUAAAUAACACACGUACAUCCCACACACACACAUGACACACCGCCUACACAUACCCACACAAUAUCCUCACAUUUAAAUUCUUCAAUCAGAAGUGCUUGAGGCUAUGAUUGUGCUACUGGUAACUUACCCCAAUAGUAAUGCAGUUUAGUUUGGACUGCUACAUUCUAUCUGACUCAAUGACCAAGACAUGACCAGUGGCAUUACAAAUCCACUGUCACAAUCAUGCAGUCCUCAUGUUUGGCUCUUGACUCUUGGUUAGGCUAUUUAUUUCUUAUUGUGUCAGAUACUGUAUAUUCACUGAAUAGUGCUUGAAAAAACGUCAUAGAUUCCUGGAAUUUUAUACUAAUGUCUGUCUAGAGACGCAUAAGACCAUUUUUGUUAUAGGUAGAUAUAGACAUAGUAGGAAUAGAAAGGUACAGUUGAAGUCGGAAGUUUACAUACACUUAGGUUGGAGUCAUUAAAACAAAUUUUUCAACCACUCCACACAUUUCUUGUUAACAAACUAUAGUUUUGGCAAGUCGGUUAGGACAUCUACUUUGUGCAUGACACAAGUAAUUUUUACAACAAUUGUUUACAGACAGAUUAUUUCACUUAUAAUUCACUUUAUCACAAUUCCAGUGGGUCUGAAGUUUACAUACACUAAGUUGACGGUGCAUUUAAACAGCUUGGAAAAUUCCAGGAAAUGAUGUCAUGGCUUUAGAAGCUUCUGAUAGGCUAAUUUACAUCAUUUGAGUCAAUUGGAGAUGUCCCUGUGGAUGUAUUUCAAGGCCUACCUUCAUACUCAGUGCCUCUUUGCUUGACAUCAUGGGAAAAUCAAAAGAAAUCAGACAAGACCUCCAAAAUUGUAGACCUCCACAAGUCUGGUUCAUCCUUGGGAGCAAUUUCCAAACGCCUGAAGGUACCACGUGCAUCUGUACAAGCAAUAGUACGCAAGUAUAAACACCAUGGGACCACGCAGCUGUCAUACCGCUCAGGAAGGAGACGCGUUCUGUCUCCUAGAGAUGAACGUACUUUGGUGCGAAAAGUGCAAAUCAAUCCCAGAACAACUGCAAAGGACCUUGUGAAGAUGCUGGAGGAAACAGUUACAAAAGUAUCUAUAUCCACAGUAAAACGAGUCCAGACUACGGUUUGCAACUGCACAUGGGGACAAAGAUCGUACUUUUUGGCGAAAUGUCCUCUGGUCUGAUUAAACAAAAAUAUAACUGUUUGGCCAUAAUGGCCAUCAUUAUGUUUGGAGGAAAAAGGGGGUCGCUUGCAAGCCGAAGAACACAAUCCCAACCGUGAAGCACGAGGGUGGCAGCAUCAUGCUGUGGGGGUGCUUUGCUGCAGGAGGGACUGGUGCACUUCACAAAAAAGAUGGCAUCAUGAGGAAGGAAAAUUAUGUGGAUAUAUUGAAGCAACAUCUCAAGACAUCAGUCAGGAAGUUAAAGCUUGGUCGCAAAUGGGUCUUCCAAAUGGAAAAUGACCCCAAGCAUACUUCCAAAGUUGUGGCAAAAUGGCUUAAGGACAACAAAGUCAAGGUAUUGGAGUGGCCAUCACAAAGCCCUGACCUCAAUCGUAUAGAAAAUGUGUGGGCAGAACUGAAAAAGCAUGUGCGAGCAAGGAGGCCUACAAAUCUGACUCAGUUACACCAGCUCUGUCAGGAGGAAUGGGCCAAAAUUCGCCCAACUUAUUGUCGGAAGCUUGUGGAAGGCUACCCAAAACGUUUGACCCAAGUUAAACAAUUUAAAGGCAAUGCUACCAAAUACUAAUUGAGUGUAUGUAAACUUCUGACCCACUGGGAAUGUGAUGAAAUAAAUAAAAGCUGAAAUAAAUAAUUCUCUACUAUUAUUCUGACAUUUCACAUUCUUAAAAUAAAGUGGUGAUCCUAACUGACCAAAGACAGGGAAUUUUUACUAGGAUUAAAUGUCAGGAAUUGUGAAGAACUGAGUUUAAAUGUAUUUGGCUAAGGUGUAUGUAAACUUCUGACUUCAACUGUAGGUAGAGGUAGUUCAGGAUAGGUCAUUAAUCCUAUAAUGAAUGCUGUCUUCCCAAAAUAUACUUAUUUUAGACAGUUAUAGGUAGAUAGAUACAGUAGGUAGAGGUAGAUAUAGGUUAUAGAUAAGUUGAACCUAUAAUGAAUUCUGUCAUGGUGUCUCCUCUUCUCAGGGUCUGUAUGCAGUGGGUAACUUCCAGCCCAGUGAGGACACAUCCAGACAGCAGUCCCAGCCUCCCCCGCUUCGCGUGCCCCCCAGGAGCAACACUGUGCCCAACGUCAGCCAGAGUGCCGGCCGCCACCUGCAGCCCAACAGCCUCAACAGCAUGAACAGCCUAAAUAGUGUGAGCACCGCUGACGGCCUCACCGCGGCCCACCCCGAGACCAUCCUGACCCGGGUGCCCUCCUGCCGCGAGUCCAGCUCCCUGAAUAAUCUGAAGAGGGCCAGCGCCGACUUGGAGUGCAUCACCCCGCCGAGUCCCAUGGGUAAACAGGACAGUCUGGUGACCUUUAACAGUAGCACAUUACCCAGGUCACACGGUGGCUCACUACACGAGGAGCACCGCGUCCCGCGCCGCCACGCCAGCAUCCACUCCUCCAUGGACUCCACGCGCUCCAAGCAGCUGCUGUCUCAGUGGAAGAGCAAGAACGAGAACCGCAAGCUCUCCCUGCAGGUGAUGGACAGCGGGGUGGUGGUCGGACGCCACCAUUCAACGUCCUCCUCCUCCUCGCCUCAGAGGACCAUGGAGCUGAGGUGCAGCUCUGAGCCGUCCGCCAUGGGCCUGGAGGCGGAGCUCCGUGCUCAGGGACACAUCCCCGCUCAGUACAUGAAGCUAGCAGCCAGCACUGUGCCGCUGUCCAACCACCUCCCCCACAACGGUGGCAGCAGCGGCCUGGCUGGGGGGGCCCGCGUCUCCAUCCAGUCCCGGCCAGGCUCCUCCCAGCUGGUCCACAUCCCAGAGGAGACGCAGGAGCACGUCAACAGCGGCACCUCCAGUAGGGAGGACGAAGAUGACGACGACAGGGAGGAUAACUAUGGCGGCGGUGGGAUUCCUGGCGGGGGAGGCUCGGUUCGCUCCAAGUGGCUGAAGGAGGGCGCCCCCUGCAGGACUAACAGUCUAACUAACCAGCCACGCAUCAUGCAGGUCAUCACCAUGUCCAAGCAGCAGGGUCUGCUCCAGCACGGCAGCCCCAAGAGCUCUGAGGACGGCAGCGUGGUCAGCUGCACAGGCUCCAUCCGUUACAAGGCCCUGACGGACCAGGAGCCCGGCCAGGGCAUUGUGAGGGUGGAGGCCCACCCAGAGAACAAGCCUGUGAUUAAGCCUCCGGACGGCAGUGGCUCCUGGAGGUGGAAGCCCCAGGAGCAGCGUGGCAGCAUCCGCCAGGCCUUCGAGCUCAACGACCUCAACCGCGACUCGGAGAGCUGCGACUCACUCAAGGACGGCUACGGCUCCUUCGAUGGCAGGAGAAGCCAAACGGGCACCGACACCGGCAGCGAGCAUGGCGGUGGCGGUGGGGCCGCGGGAGGCGGUCACCCCCACGUGCACCACCCUCACUACCACCACCACCACCACCCCCACCAAGGCAUCACCACCAUCCGUGUGACCCCUGUGGAGGGACUAGGAGGAGGCAGCGAGGCCACCUCUGAGACCCUCUCCAUCGCCUCCAGCAGGGAGUCCACCCUGCGGAGAAAAGGCAACAUCAUCCUGCUCCCGGAUAGAGGUCCGAGUCCGGACAACUCCAGGAACUAUUUCAAAGGGACCUCCCCCACACCAACCCCCACCCUGGGACUGGCCCAUAGAGAGUGA